AUGUACAAAUAUGCAUUUAUUUUUAUAAAGUUUGACUUGUUUUGCAGGAAUUUGUUUCCAAAAUUACAGUAUAAGAUCAGUGGUUUAGAGCCUGAACGAAAAUAUGUGGUUUAUUUGCGAUUUGAACUUGUCGAUAACAAAAAGUAUAAGUACAAAAGUGGAGGUUGGACAGCAACAGAAUGCUGUGAUCCAGUUGGUUCUCCUGGUUAUCUGAUGCAUCCCGAUGGAAGUAAAAAAGGUGAACACUGGAUGAAAAUUGGUCUUGGUUUUGAUCGGGUCAAAAUUACGAACAAUGCAGACGACCCACGUGACAAUGCUAGUUUUACUAUGAUUGUAUUACUUCAAUCUAUGCGUAAAUACCGACCCACAGUGGCCGUAUUUCUUGCAGACGAGACUCUGCCAUACUCCAAUGAAAUUUUGAAAGUAGCCGAAUUUUCUAGCCUAAUUCAAGACUUCAUUGCCGUAACUGCUUAUCAGAAUACUCGUAUAACCGAACUGAAAAUAAAAAAUAAUCCCUAUGCAAAGGGGUUCAGAGAAGGGCCGAAAAAUCGCAAACGGUCAUUGUCAAGCACAGGAACAACACCGUCUCCGGAGCUUAAAAUCACACCAAGUGUGAAAAAUGAAUACUAUAAUAUGGGGCAGCCGAUGCUUUACAACGGUCAAUUUCAACAGAAUCCUGAUUUUUCUUUUCAACAAUCCUCACCAAUUUACCAACAAUUUUAUCCAUAUCAAUCAUCGCAACAAGUUUUCUCUCAGCUACCAAACAGUUCUCAGUUUUAUCAUUGUUAUUACCAAACCCCAUGGUCAUUUUCUCCAAGUAAUUCGCAGUAUAUGUUUAAUCCGUAUCCGCCUAAUGGAACUCCAUGA